AUGUCUGGGAAGGGGGGCGGGGCGACGUAUGUCGAGGCCAAGGUUGUUGUUGAUGCGCCAGCAUUGCAAGCCGCCGGGGCAGCGCAGCGCCGUGCCAGUUGCCGCUCGCUGGAGCGCCUCCUGCGCAUGACCGACCCCACGGCCGGACAAUCGGUGUCCGACACGCCCGAACCCGCCACAUUGGUGGACCUUCCCUCGCUUUUCCAUACUCUGUCCCCGGUGUCAGAUCCGGUGUCAAUCGAGCAGCAACCAGCUCCGAAUGUGGUUCCGGGUGACGGGCCCCCCGUGAACGACCCCCCCCGGCCGUUGUCCCUCUCCUUCAGUGGGCUCCUCCGCUCGGCCUCCAAAUCGCGCCUGCCCUCUGGCGCGUGUACUCCCCUACCGCCGGCCGAAGGGCAGGGCGCUUCCGCCAGCUUUGCCGGGGUACCGGACGAUCGUCCGCCCCUGUCCUCACCCCAUUUGCCACCGGCCGCCGCCGCCGCCACCACCGCCGCCGCCAUGUCCGGCCCUUUGCCACUUCUUACGCCCAAGGUGGAGCCUUCAACCGGCACGUCGGGCGCCACAUCUCCCAUGCUCCCGCGUGUGAUUCUAUCCAUCCCCUCAUCGCCACUGAAGGGUGCCUUGACAUUGUCCCUUUCGCGAUCGGCCAGUGUUGGGGAUCCGCCCGGCACAGCGCCCCAUUCACCGGAGUUGUCUACUUUGCCAACGCUCCCCGCUCUAUCGGAGCCCGGGCCCCUGCUUCGGUCAGUGUCCUCGCCCGUGGGUCCGACCGGUGGCAUGGACGUGGACCCAUCGGGGGGGGCCCCGCUUUCGCCGCUCCUGCCUGGCCUGGCGGUGACCGUCAAGACCGAGGAGGGAAUCCAGCGUGCGGCGCCGGCCCUGGAGUCGUUUGGCAGUGAGACGCCCCCGAGCCAGACCCCACGCAAGCUCUCCCUCUCCUUCACAUUGCCCAAGGCACCAAGCGCUGACGCCCUCCCAGUGUCAUCGCCGCCACCCCUGCCGCCGCCCCCCUCGUCAUCCCUGCCUGCCAUGGGUGAGGAGCGGCGGCCAGCCAGUGCCACGCCCGGCAGCCCGAUGUCCCUGGCAUCGACAGCCGGCCGGUCCGGUGCCGGCCCUCAGCCUGGCCCUUCCGCACCGCCUGCCUCGGCUUCGGACCCCUCGCCGGUGUCCAGUCCGGCCCCGCGAUUGAUCCUGUCAUUAUCGUCACCGGUGGCGGCAACCGCCCCGGUGGCGCCCGGGGGAGCGGGCUCCCCCUCUCUGGGGCCCAUUGUCGCUCCUCCAGCCGUCGCUGCAAUGUCCCCUGGACUUGAGGGUCAUCCGAUGGAUGGUGAUGAUAGCGACGACUUUUCAGAUGUCUAGGCCAUUGGGUCGUGCUUGCGCAUUCCUGUCCCCUGUUCAAUCCUCUCUUCCUCUCCCAAGUGAGAGGUGAUACAUCCAGAAAAAUGGGCA